CAUAAGAUAAAAUUUUGUUUCUUUAAGAUUCCUUGUCUGACAGCGUUCUUCUAGUGUCUGAAAAAUUCAAAGUUAAUGUGCAUAAGUACGAGCUAGUGAAGAAGAAGAAGAAGAAGAAGACUAACUAACAACAAUGGAAGGAACUUGUUUUCUCCGUGGGCAACCACCUCUCACAACAAUACCCUCUAUUCCCAGCAAAAAAGGAUUUCUUCUCCAAAGAUGGAAGACCAAUCGGAGAGUCAGGUUUUCAGGUUUAAAGAAUCACUCGGUUUCUGGAAAGUCCAGGUCUUUCGAUCUUAGCCUCAGGGCUUCAGGUCCUAUAAGAGCAAGCUCUGCAGUAACAGAAGCAAGCCCUAUGAACGUAAAUUCCAAAGAAGAAGACACUGUCUUUGUAGCCGGUGCAACUGGUAAAGUUGGUUCUAGAACUGUGAGAGAACUACUGAAGCUCGGAUUUCGGGUUAGAGCUGGAGUUCGAAGUGCUCAGAGAGCAGGAAGUCUAGUGCAAAGUGUUAAGGGAAUGAAGCUCCAGAACACUGAUGAAGGAACUCAACCUGUAGAAAAGCUUGAAAUUGUGGAAUGUGACUUGGAGAAAAAAGAUUCAAUAAAGCCUGCAUUGGGAAAAGCAUCGGUGGUUAUAUGCUGUAUCGGUGCUAGCGAGAAAGAGAUCUCUGAUAUUACCGGCCCUUACAGGAUUGAUUACCUAGCCACCAAAAACCUUGUUGAUGCUGCAAAAUCUGCAAAAGUUAAUAACUUCAUUUUGGUGACAUCCUUGGGGACAAAUAAAUUUGGAUUUCCCGCUGCUAUUCUCAACCUAUUCUGGGGAGUUCUUUGCUGGAAGAGAAAAGCUGAAGAAGCAUUGAUUGAAAGUGGUCUCAAUUACGCAAUAGUUAGGCCUGGAGGAAUGGAGAGGCCCACAGAUGCAUACAAAGAAACUCAUAAUCUAACUCUUUCUCUAGACGAUACAUUGUUUGGUGGUCAGGUCUCAAAUCUCCAGGUUGCAGAAUUGCUCGCUUGUAUGGCAAAGAAUCCUCGACUUUCUUGCUCCAAGAUUGUGGAAGUGGUUGCUGAAACAACUGCUCCAUUAACUUCAAUGGAAAAGCUUCUUGAAAAGAUUCCUUCCAAACGUCCUUAUGUGCCUCCACCAAAGGAAUCAGUUGCAGCCAAAGAGGUCAAACCAGUCCCUACUAAGCCUGUCACUCAAGAGCCAACAGCUCCCAAGGAGGAUGAAGCACCUCCAAAAGAAAAAGAUGUGAAACCUAGGCCACUGUCUCCUUAUGCGGCCUAUGAAGACUUGAAACCUCCAACAUCUCCUAUUCCAAGUUCGACCACAUCACUCGGGUCUGCCAAAUCGAAGGAGGUAGAUGCCACUCAGGUUCCUGUUGAGGCCAAUGUAGUGCCAGAUAGUAUCUCAAAUGUCCUAGUAGAAGAAGUAAAGCAAGCUGUAGAAGAGGAAGAAGUAAAGCAAGCUGUAGAAGAAGAAGAAGUAAAGCAAACUGAGGAAAAGAAAGAGAGGCCCCUUUCCCCGUAUGCCUGCUACGAAGACUUGAAACCUCCAACAUCUCCUAUUCCAAGUUCGACCACAUCACUCGGUACUGCCAAAUCUAAGGAGGUAGAUGCCACUCAGGUUCCUGUGGAGGCCAAAGUAGUGCCAGAUAGUAUCUCAAAUGUCCCAGUAGAAGAAGAAGAAGAAGAAGAAGAAGAAGAAGAAGUAAAGAAAGCUGUAGAAGAAGAAGUUAAGCAAGCUGAGGAAGAGAAACAGAGGCCUCUUUCCCCUUAUGCCUGCUAUGAAAAUCUGAAACCACCUUCGUCACCCUGUCCUAAAGCUUCGGGUACCAGAAAAACUGAUUCUUUGUUGCCUGGUCUAGCCGAUUCUGAUACUGAUAAAAGCUCAACAGUUGCACCAAGUGUCACUGAGACAGCAGUUGCACCAAGUGUCACUGAGACAGCAGUGGCAACAAGUCCCCCUGAGACAGCAGUUGCGACAAGUCCCCCUGAGACAGCAGUUGCGAAAAGUGCCCCUGAGACAGCAUUUGCGACAAGUUCCCCUGAGACAGCAGUUGCAACAAGUGUUACCGAGACAGAAACACCAGCCACACCAAGAAUGAGGCCUCUUUCUCCUUAUGCAGUCUACGAUGACCUGAAACCACCAACCUCACCAACUCCUGCAUCAACCGGUCCCAAGAAAGCAGCAUCUGAGAUAACAGCAGCUGCAGAAGACAACUCGGAGUUGCCUGGAGGCAAUAAUGAUGUGUUGGAAACAGUUGAUGGAAGUGUGAACACUACUCCAUCUUCUUCUGCACCGGAAGCAGUACCUGUUGUUAGCAAUGUAGACACUUCCCUUGCUUCAGGAGACAAUCCAGCUCAGCCAAAGCCAAGACCUUUAUCACCUUACACAAUGUACGAGGACAUGAAGCCUCCAACUUCACCACUUCCAUCUCCAGUCAUCAAUCAUUAGUUAUGUGAAACGAGAAUUGGCCUCUUAAAUCCUGGAGAUUCUUCUUGUUGUUGUUUAUUACAGAUUCUAAACAGUGAGUGAGAGAGAGAUGGGGCAAUUCAGUUUUGCAGGUAUGAAUCAGUGAGCUUAUUUGUAGAGUAAUACAAUAUGCCUUAUGAGUUCUACUUUUAUUUCUCCUGUCCAACUAUCAUAUGUGGUAACCCAUUUGUUUCCUUUUCUCAUAUAUUAUAUGACCCAAAUUUCUCAACGUUA